UUGUCAUUCUUCUCCCUUAGUGGAACUCCGUCGUCUGUAGUUGACGCAAAACCUUCUGAAGCUGGAGUUUUCGUUCGUGCACAAAGACGACCUUAGGAGCAUUUUUUGUGGUUCCAUAUUGAUACAGUCGUUGGUUCAGCCGUUCAGUGACAAAAUUUACACACUCGGCUCCUUAUGGAUCUCAUUCGUGGCUUUAUAUUCUUGUGCAUUGCUGUGAUGCUUUCCUUCCAUGAUUAUUUGGGAAAUGUUGAAGGAAGACACCACCACCACAGGAAGCAGAAGGAAGUUUCUCAUAUUUCUGAGCCAGAAGAGCUUUCACCUCCUUCAAAUUCUCCUACUGUUCCUUCUGAUCCAUACCCAAAUGAUCCUGGAGAUUCCACUUCAGACGGUAUUUUCGACGUAAGAUCCUUCGGGGCAGUUGGAGAUGGUUCAGCUGACGACACACGGGCAUUUAGAGCAGCAUGGAAAGCAGCUUGUGCAGUGGAGUCAGGAGUCAUCUUAGCUCCCGCCGAUUACAGUUUUAAAAUCACUUCAACUAUGUUUUCAGGCCCGUGCAAGCCUGGGCUAGUAUUCCAAGUGGAUGGUACUCUCAUGCCACCAGAUGGACCAAACUCCUGGCCAGAAGCAGAUAGCCGCAAUCACUGGCUUGUGUUUUACAGACUUGGCCAAAUGACUUUGAAUGGCACUGGAACUAUAGAAGGCAAUGGGGAACAAUGGUGGGAUCUCCCCUGCAAACCUCACAGGGAACUAAUUCCUAUUGUAAAUGAAACGGCAUUUCAUUUUCAGAGUCCCGAUGGAGAAAAGGCGAAAGGACCAUGUAAUAGCCCUACAAUGAUACAGUUCUACAUGAGCUCAAAUCUGGAGGUGAGUGGGCUCAGAAUUCAGAACAGUCCUGAGUUUCAUAUGAAGGUCGAUGGCUGCGAAGGAGUACUGGUAAACAAGCUGUCCAUUUCUUCGCCGAAACUCAGCCCAAAUACUGAUGGAAUUCACAUCGGGAACAGCAGGUCCGUUGGGAUAUACAACUCGAUUAUAAGCAACGGUGAUGAUUGCAUUUCAAUUGGACCCGGAUGCUCGAAUGUGGACAUAGAGGGUGUAACUUGUGGUCCUAGCCACGGUAUCAGCAUUGGGAGCCUUGGGGUACACAAUUCACAGGCAUGCGUGUCAAAUUUAACAGUUCGUAACGUCAUCAUAAAAGAAUCAGACAACGGGCUGAGGAUCAAGACAUGGCAGGGUGGGACGGGGUCUGUGUCAGAUUUAAAAUUUGAGAACAUCCAAAUGGAAAACGUGAGGAACUGCAUCAUAAUAGACCAGUACUACUGCUUAUCAAAGGAAUGUCUCAACCAGACUUCAGCCGUGCAUGUAAAAGAUGUGUCGUUCAGGAACAUAAAGGGCACUUACGAUGUGAGAACCCCUCCCAUACACUUUGCCUGCAGCGACACUGUGGCCUGCACUAACAUAACCCUCUCAGAAGUUGAGCUUUUCCCACACGAAGGGGAACUUGUGGACGACCCUUAUUGCUGGAAUGCUUAUGGCACGCAGGAGACUUUGACUAUCCCUCCAAUCAGUUGCUUAAGAGAUGGUGAGCCCGAGACAGUGGGAGAGCUCUCUGCAUAUGAAUGCACUUCAUAGUUUUUACGGCUGCUAAUUUGCAUGCCACUUGAUAUAACAGAUUUUGGUUGCUUUUUAUACAAGAUGCAUACCUUAUACCUCAUGCAUAGAACCCACAUGCCCAUUUGUCUGAUAAUCUCAAUGAAUUAGUCAAUCCAUAUGGUGAAAUCAAAUUGGAAUUUGUUAAUAUUAAUAGUAGUAUUAGCUUUUUAUUGAAA